UUGUUACGUAAGCACGUCUCUGUACGUACGGAUGUGAGUAGCAGACCAGCGCGCCAAACUGACGUCCAACAAAGGGAAGGCAAAACAAAACAUAGGAGUUCUGCAUAUUUGACCUUUGUAUUCGGCAGUGGAAAGUCGUUUAGGCGCUUGGGAGUAAAUACUUUACCGGUCAAAACUCGGAUUAACGUGCUCGGUCGAACCAGAGAGCUGUCGGGAUGGGUUUGCUCGAGCGUUGCCAGGAGCUCUUCAAGACCUCGAACCUGUACGAGGUGCUGGGCAUCAACAACGAGGCAACCGAGGCAGAGAUCCGGAGGAGCUACUACAAAGUGUCGCUCAAAGUCCAUCCAGACCGGGCUCCUGAAGACCCGCUGGCCACAGAGAAAUUUCAGGUGUUGGGGAAGCUGUACGCGGUGCUGAGCGAUAAGGAGCAGAGGGCUGUUUAUGAUGAGCAGGGAGUGGUGGAUGAAGAGUCUGACGUCCUGAGUCAAGACCGCUGCUGGGAGGACUACUGGAGACUGCUCUUCCCUAAGAUUACAGUGCAGGACAUCCUUGAAUUUGAGAAGAAAUAUAAGGGCUCAGAUGAGGAGCGGCAUGAUGUGAUCCAGCUGUACGUGCAGCACCAGGGAGAUAUGGACGCCAUCACGGCCUCGGCUCUGUGCUGCUCCCAAGAAGACGAGCCCAGGCUCUGCAGCAUCAUCCAGGCUGCCAUCCAGAGUGGAGAAGUCACAGCAUUCCCAGCGUUUACUCGGGAGACUGAAAAGAAGAAGAGGGCUCGUAGGAAGAGGGCUGACAGGGAGCGACAGGAAGCAGAAGAAAUGCAGAAAGAGAUGGGGCUCGGUGAUCAGGACGAUAGUCUUGCGAUGAUGCUCAAGCAAAGACAGAAGUCCAGAGAGCAGAAUUUUAACAGUUUCCUGUCUGACCUGGAAGCAAAAUACUCCAAAAAAAGUGGGAAAUCUCAAAGCGGACAAAGAAGAAAAAAGUGAAAAACGUACAGGCUCUGGUUAUAGCAGAUAAAAUGUAUGUAAAUCGCAGCAGAUACCUUCAUUUUUUGGAUUAAUAGGAGAUAUCGAUUACAUGUAUGUGAAGCUGCCUAACAGCUCCUUUCUGGAUGCCUCCACGUAAAACUGUCCUUUAUUUGGCCUCAGUAGCUUUUCAUUCAACUCUUACCAAAAUGUAAAUGCAUCUCCUAUUCCUUUUCAUUUAUGUAUUCUUUGUCAUUCUUCAUAAACACAAAUAAAUUCAUAUUUAUCUACA